AUGGCUUUAUCGGACUCGCUCUCAAAGCAGCUAGCGUACGAUGUCAUUGAUCUCACUGGUGACUCGGAUGAAGAUGAUUCUUCUAUCAUAGUCGAUGGUUCACCACCAGCACAGCUCGCGAUCAAAAUCGAGCUUGAAGAAGCAAAACCAAGCAGUAGCGCUAUUUCCAACACCACGGUAACCAGUGCUGCACCUUCCAGCAAUUUGAAUGUUCCAGAUACGACCCAGACCAUUGCCCAAAAACUUGAACAUGUUUCAAAUGAGGCCGUAGGUGUGUCCACCACAUCAAGCUCGAAUGAUUCAACGGCUCCGAUCAAAAUUACAGCCCCGGAAUCGCCACAGCCUGUCACAAACUCAUCUACCGCAGACUCUACUGUCGAGUCUGUCGGUUCGAUCAAAGCUACUUCUGAUCCCAUUGAUAUCGAGAACUUUGACUCAGUGCUACAGCAGAAUCAUGUCUCUCUCGAUGUCAACGCCGACAAGGCCUCUGCUAACGAGGACUCCCAUGAUCAAGAAAAUUUGUUGCAUCCAGAAAUACCGCCUCUUCCUGAACUGCCCGAGAUGGACCUGCCAGGUGAUGAUGAUCCGAAUGAUCUAGACGACAUGGAUCCAGACCAUGCGAUUCUCCUCUAUGUGCAAAACAACCUCCAUCAGGACAACGACAGCCGUCAAGAUGUGCAAAGUCACCAGUUCCCUGGACCUGAAGAUGCUGAGCUAAUCGACUGGAAUAUGGAAAUCGACUCUGACCCGACGGAUGGUCAUGUCAGAGCGGCUGCCAAGUUUGCUCAACUGAAGAAAGCUUAUCACGAUAAGAAAGCUAACAACACGGCCACAGGAGAAGAUGACAUACACUUCAUUUCUGCAGAAGCAGCUGAGACAAAACGCCUAGGAGACCUGGAGCGUAGUCAACGCCUGACCGAACCCGAUCCAAGCCAGCAAAGGCUUCCUGCCGGUUAUCAUUAUGGAAAUGAACAUGAGGAUCAAUCAAUAUUUAUUCCUGAGACACCAGAGAGACCUGUGCUCAAGUCGCCGAAAAAUAAGCAACCAAGAAAACCCCUCAAGUCACAGAACAAGAUCACUGCUAAGGAGACUCGUGAAGCCAUGGCGCUCGGAAACAGUCCCUCAGCAGCACGCAAGAGAGCUAACCCCUACGGUCGCAACCAGUCUACUCCGCGGAAGAAGAGAGAUAACAAAAAUGCUUCUGGCAAGGCCAAGGCGAACGGCGGCCGCACGAGACCGACCACAUUGACCAACCUAGGCAGCCUGGGGCCAUCAAAUGUGGUUCAAGAUGCGCAGGCUAAUGCAGAUAAACCUGCCAUACCAAUGUUUACUUCUAAGAAUAAGCAGAAGGCCCUUCAAGAGCUGAUUGCAAGUAUUCCAUCCACUGAGAGCGGCUCACCCAAUUCCGACAAGAACGCGGUGAUAGAAGCAACGAAGAAGUUUCGCGGUCGCGGUGUGGUAAGAUCUGAUGGUCAGGGUGGCUGGAAGCUCAAGGGGAUGAGAUCAUCGCUAUAUCAUCAUCAGCUGCUUGGUGCUGGUUUCCUACGGGACCGCGAAAACGGCAACCAGAGACCUUUUGGUGGAAUGGUCUGCGAUGAGAUGGGCUUCGGAAAGACUAUCCAAAUGAUUGCCAACAUUGUCGACGGAAAAGCUGACGCAGGAGCGGCCGAAAAAACGACCCUUGUCGUUGCACCAGCUUCUCUCCUGAAUCAGUGGAUGAUGGAACUUGAGAAGCAUGUUGCACCAGGGUAUCUUGCUCGCAUCAUUCGGUACCACUCUGGUGCCCGUCUUCUCAGCAAUGAUCCUGUCGCAGAUUUGAGGGAGUACGACAUUAUCCUCACGACAUAUAGUGAAAUCCAGAAAAGCUACCCAGCAUGUGAACCCCCUAAACAUCUAGUCACGGAAGAGGGGAAGAAUGCAUGGUGGGAGAUGUUCUACCGAGAGAACGUUGGUCCGUUGCAUCGCAUCAAGUAUCUUCGCAUUGUCCUCGACGAAGCGCAUCAGAUUAAAAACCCUACUUCGAAGACGUCCAUAGCUGUUCGUGCACUCACUGGAACAUUCAGAUGGGCUAUCACUGGAACUCCAAUUUUGAACUACAUUGAGGAGUUAUUCCCUUACUUCUCAUUCUUGAAGGUCCCGCACACCGGCGACUACCCAACAUUUCUACACAACUACUGCCACAACCGCAAAGGCAGAGAUCCCGUUAACAUGGGUCGAAUUCACAACAUUUUACGAGCCAUAAUGUUGAGGCGAACCCACGCCGACACGAUGUUCAACCUGCCUAUUCUCUCAUUGCCUGGCAUCUCACACACAACAUACAAGAUAGAAUUCAACGAUGUGGAAAGGACGAUCUACAAUACCGUAAAGAGGAGAUUCGUUCAGGACAUCAAUAAGAUUCACCGAGCCGGCCAACUCGCUGGUAGCUAUAGCAACGUUCUUGCUAUGAUCCACUACUUGAGAAUGCUAUGUGCACAUGUACUCCUGUGUCAGGGCAUUCUUAAGCGACUUUUCAAUGCUGCAGAUAUUGAAUUGUUAUGGCGCCUGACCGAAAAAGAGAGUCAGUUCAACCCUGGAGAUGACCAGGUUGGCAUGAUUUCUGUCCUCCAAAAGAUGCUGCGAUCCAAGUCUAUCUUGGUCGAAACAUGUCAAUCUACAAAAGCACCUGGGGCCAGCGUCGAGCAUUCGGACGACGAUAGUUCAGAAAUUGUAGGAACUGGAAGUGACUUCGGCAUCUACUUCAAGUUUCGGAAGUUCCUGAAUGACCUGUCACAAGGACAUCAAUGGGCUGAACUCCAUCUGAGAUCAUCGUGCGCCAAAUGCAAGCUCCCACCAGAAGACCCCAUGUGCACUUCGUGCUUUCAUGUCUAUUGCCGAGAGUGUCUCAUGACCAUGGACUUGGACCGUCAACAGAACAAGGAGGAAAAAAUCACUUGCAUUGAGUGUGGAGCUCAUUUCGAGGAGACCUCGCCCUGCGACGGACUCCAAGCUCUUGGCUAUAACAGCGAGACUGUUGCCGAGCAGAUCGCAAAGAUCAAAGAAAAAUCCAUGGCACCGGUCAAGAGCGGUGGUGGUCAGAAAAAGAAUGCUCCUACUGGCAAAGAUGAAGAGGAAAAGAAAGAGAUAGAUUGGAUCGAGAUGGGCAGGAUCCCCUUAUCCUCGGCGAAGUUAGCCGCCACAAAAGCGGCCAUCCUCAACUGGCGGCGAAGCUGUCCUCACGGAAAAAUUCUCAUCUACACACAAUUUUUGGAUAUGGUUCGAUUGUUGGCCAAAAUGUGCAAUGCCGAGGGAUGGAAUCACGUCCAAUUCACCGGCAAGAUGUCUAUGCCAGCGCGCGAUAAAACAUUGCGCAGGUUCGCGGAAGACGAGGAAAUUCCCAUCAUGAUCUGCAGUCUCAAAGCUGGAGGUGUCGGCCUGAAUCUUACGAGGGCCUCCAAAGUCAUCAUCUUGGACCUCUGGUUCAAUUCCUCGAUUGAGUCACAGGCAUUUUGUCGAGCAUACCGCAUUGGCCAGGAACGGAAAGUCGAAGUUGUCCGCUUUAUGAUCAAGGACACCAUUGACGAAGACUUGAUCUCAAUGCAGGAUCGAAAGGAUGUCGAGGUGCAAGGUGCCAUUGGUUCGGAAUCACACGGCAGUCGCGCGACAAUCACACAGUUGUUAGGCUUAUUCGGAGAGGUUGUGGAUGAUGAGGACGGUGAGAAUGAGUUUAUUCUGGUGGAGGAUGAAAAUCAGUACGAAGACGACGCCAGGGUCGACAUCGGCGAUCGAUUGCCGCCGCGACCGUUUUAG